AUCAUACACGAUGAGUGCAAUCGCCGACAGCACUGCUGAUGGCCCUGUUGAGGUCGUCAAGGUGCUGUUUGCUCUCUUCCCAGGCUACAACACGCUCGACGUGGCCGGACCUCUUGAGGUUCUCAGCCGCUCCCUCCAUGACCCCAAGAACAAGUCCUCCAAGGCCUUCGAGUGCCAGUUCGUAGGCUCCACAUCUGCCAUGACUUCGACCCAGGGCCUCACCAUCAAGGCCGACAUGGACUACAACGAUGCCAACGACGAGCUCGAGGACUUCGACGUCAUGAUCGUCCCUGGCGGCGAGGGUGUCUUCGAAGUGCUCAAGAACAAGUCGGAGCCCCUCAAUCUCCUCACCAAAUACGUCGAGCUCCACGAGAAGAACCCGGAGAAGGAACGCACUGUCCUUGCCAUCGAUGUUGGCUCGCUGCUCCUUGCUCAGCAGGGCAUGCUCGAAGGCCUCGCCGCUACAACCCACCCAGAUUACUACGUCCGCCUUGAGACACUCUGCCAGGAUGCUGCUCGACGAGACAUGUCCAUGCGUACCGAUGUCAUGGAAGAGCGCUAUGUCGUGAACAACGCCCGGUUCGACUUGGGCGAGAACCCCGACGACAAUCCCUACAUCAUCAAAAAGAGCCGCCAGCCUGUAGAGGACGAUGGUCCAAACAUGCAGAACGCUCGCCGUAAGUCGAUCGCUCGCAAGGGCAGCAACGCCAUGCGUGACUCUCGCCGCCGCGAGUCUAUCGCUCGUCGUGCUCAGAUGCCGCUGGGAGGCAUGCGCGUCAUCACCACGGGCGGCGUCACUGCUGGCCUGGACGCGUCGCUCUACUUGGUAGGUUCUUUGGCGUCGCACGAGUCGGCCCUCGAGGUUGCUCGUGUGAUGCAGUACACUUGGGUCAAGGGCGUUACGGUCGAUGCGAUUGAUGUUUGAGCUGGAGCUCUCGCGUGGUUAGCGAGGCGUUUGCCACAGUUGGAUUGAGACAUGAUCAGGCGGGAUCACUGGGAACAUGUCGGGAAUCUGGAAGAUUUACCACGACGGAACGUAAGCUAAAGCUACGAUAAAUUCAUGAAAGUUAAAAGUGAA